AUGUCAUCCACUAAUCACGACGUGUCCACACGAAAGCCGUCGGGCUCAUCCACAUAUUCUGGUGGUCAUUCUCCUUCCGGUUCGCCCAACCAUGCUCACACUCAGAAGAAAGUGACAUCUGCGACUGGGAACGUGUUUGGCGUCGGUGUAGGGAUGGGUCCGACCAGUGGUCUCAAGGGUCUGAAUGCGGGGUGGCAAGUAUGGGGUAAUGCAACACCUUCAUCGGCGCGUAAUGCUUCAACGUCUUCUGCAACAAGUGUUCCCGACCUGACAACAUCUCAUGUCGACGCGUCGUAUCGUUCGAACUUAGGUGAUACUACCUGGGGCUCUAGAUCUACAAGUGGCACUUGGGAUGAAAUGACUGGUAGUCCUCAGCUUAAGGAUUUGUCACAACUUGACCAGCAUUCCACUUUACUGGUCCACCAGGGCCGACAGAGGCAGGUUACUGUUGGUCAAGGUGCUGUUCUUUCGGCACCUCCUUCAACGGUCCCCAAGCCCGGGCAACUGUCCCCUCAGCGACAUGACACAGGACUAGGUCAACAGCCUCUUCUUCAGAGCAGCUCAGGUGUAACGUACUCCUCUUUACAAGGACCGUCGAUCGUGGAGAAUGAACUCUCAAUGGCUUUGCGAGGGAUGGCUGUCGAAGACGAUUUCAGCCUCACGUCACAGACAUACCGUCAGACAUCAGCACAUACAGCACAGAGUUCUGUGCCCCCGAUGCGAGCACCUCACCAAAUGCAACAACCUCGAGCACCGUAUGGUGGAUACCCUGCAACAGACUAUGCCGCAUAUUACCCAGGCGCGUCAGCGCGGAUGGAUUACCAGUACGGUUAUGAUGCUUACCGUACAACACCUGAUCCAUCACUGUACGCGUCUUCUCCUGCACUCAGUGCUGCAACUGCCGCUCCCACCGUAUACCCUGGGUUAGGACCACAGCCGCUACACCAUCCACACCAUCGUCAUACAGUCAGUGAGAUUCAUAAUCAGCAGUCCGGAAUAUUCUACGAAUAUGCUGGGUCACCACGCACUCUGGGCUCACAGUACUAUUAUCCCACGCAACCUAUGGUAUUUCACCAUCCUGCUUCUCACAACCCUAUGCUCCAGGUGCCUGGUGCAGCAACUCUCUCGGGAAGGAAGCGAGACAUUCCGUAUAAUCUACAGCAACGCCAGCAGUUCCCUCCCCAGAAUCUUAUGUAUCCUAACAUACGGUCGACACCGUCACCACACCCACACGCAUAUCCUGCGGCUAUUGACUACAAUUCACAACACGCAUUGAUACUCCAUGCCGGAUCGAUGUAUGGGCAUGCCGGUAUGAAUUCGCCCGCAAUGCACCUCUAUCACCACGGUGGGCGAGCUGGCCGUCGUGCUGACGCUGAGAGUGAUAUUCACGUUGUCCGCAGUCCUUUAUUGGAUGACUUUCGGGCGAACAAGACGCGUAAGUGGGAAUUGAGGGACAUAUUCGGAUACGUCGUAGAAUUCAGUUCGGACCAACAUGGCUCUCGGUUCAUCCAGCAGAAAUUGGAAAAUGGCACUCUCGAAGAGAGGCGGAUUGUCUUCGAGGAAAUUGUUCCUCAACAUGCGCUACAACUGAUCCAAGACGUGUUCGGCAACUACGUCAUCCAGAAGUUGUUCGAACACUGUACACAGGCGCAGAGAACGCUUUUGGCCAAUACAAUGGAGGGUCACAUUCUUCCUCUGUCCCUGCAAAUGUACGGAUGUCGUGUGGUUCAGAAGGCGAUUGAGUAUGUUCUUCCGGAACAGCAGGGCACGUUUGUCAAGGAGCUUGAGACGAGCGUAAUCGUAUGCGUCAAAGAUGCCAACGGCAAUCAUGUCAUUCAGAAGCUCAUAGAACGACUGGCGCCUGAGUAUCUGGGCUUUGUCAGCGCUUUCCGAGGCAACGUCUACGACCUAUCAACUCAUCCUUACGGCUGCCGGGUGCUUCAGCGAUGUUUCGAGCACCUUCCUGAUGAGCAGACAAGGCCUUUGUUGGACGAACUGCAUAAGUACAUUCCUAAUUUGAUGCAGGACCAAUUCGGGAAUUAUGUCGUCCAAUUUGUCCUCGAGCAUGGAAGGCCGCAGGAUAGGGCAGUAAUCAUCACGAAACUGCGUGGUCAAAUGCUAGACAUGGCGCGCCACAAGUUUGCUUCUAACGUGUGCGAGAAGGCACUCAUCACUGCCGACGUGGAGAGUCGUCGACUGUUGAUCGAGGAGAUUUUGGGCCCCAAGCAGGAUGGUGUCAGCCCAAUCACCACUAUGAUGAAGGACCAGUUCGCUAACUACGUCCUCCAACGGGCGUUGUCUGUUGCUGAACCGGAACAGCGGGAGCUUCUCAUCAGUAAAAUCAAGCCUCACUUAAUGAACAUGCGCAGGUAUUCGAGUGCCUAUAGUAAGCACCUGGUCGCCAUCGAGCGCCUACUAGAGAAAUGUACCUCUGCUAAUUCUGCGGAUGCACCGCACAAAGCCCUUGCGAUUACUUCUCCAUCUGACGCUCUAACUUCGAAGUAA